AUGAGAAUCCUAGUUUGUGCAUUGUUACUUAUUUGUGGAGCAGUUGCUUUCCGCACACAAUCUACUGGUGUUAAAGGAAAACUUAUGUGUGGAAGUAAGCCUGCAGUCGGAGUGAAUUUGAAACUUUUUGAUGAAGAUAACGGACCAGACCCAGAUGACGUUCUUGACCAAAAGACAACUGAUGAUGAAGGUAACUUCCUACUCACCGGAUCAUCGAUGGAACUGACUCCAAUUGACCCGGAAUUGAGAAUCUUCCACGAUUGUAAUGAUCAUGGAAAUCCAUGUCAACGUGAAUGGGUUAUCAGGAUACCAGCUAAAUACAUCACUAACGGACCAGAAGUAAAGGACAUCAUGGAUUUGGGAACUAUGAAUUUGGAGAUUGAACUGGACAACGAGAGUAGAAGCUGUGCACACUAA